UUUAGGUUAUUAUGUUACCAUAAUAUCUGAUUUUCCCCCCUUCUUUCCUCUAUUCUAUUCCACCGGCCAUCCUUUUUUUCUUUCUUCUUUUUUCCAUGUAGUAUUGCAUGGACUCAGUUUACUUGAUGGAAUCAGGUCAUAUUCAAUUUGGUUUUCGAAGAAAAUCCCGUUAAAUCUUGAAUCUUUCUCCCUUGAACAAUUGAAUAUCUUUUGUUUUCAAAGAUUCUGGGGAAGACAAGCUACCAUAUCUUCAUUUUAUGGAAUCUCGUUUGAGUCAAAGCUGUUUGGCAAAGAACGGAUCAUUGAGAACAUGGAUCGAGAAUUUAGGACGAUAACACGUGGCGGUAGGGGUUUGGAGCUGGGAACGUGUCCACUUGGAAGCGAAAGAUGCACCCAUGUGUCAAAGAGAGGGAGAUAGAGACGACUGAAUGAAGGCACAUGGGAGCAGCAUCCAAGCACCGUAUUUUGGGGCUUAUAAAUAGCUGCAACCGUUCACAAGACCUCCCACAUCUGCAAUCUUCACGUGCUCUGCUCUGCCUUCCUCUGCUUUCUAAUAAGUAGUUAUCCCUUUGUUUGUAUCUCUGCAAAUCUUAUCCAAUUGCUCUUUUUGGGUCUUUGGUCGUUAGUAGGUGGUUGGUUAUUCAUCAGAGUAGUUUUGUUCGUUGGUUGACAAAACAAGCCUUCCUAGUGAUCAUACAGUGCUCUAUAAUGGAGAACAAGAAGCAAGCAGGUGCCUCGUCUUCAUCCAUGACUUUAGAUCAUCUUUUUGGUCCCAAGAACCUUUCUUCACCCUCGUCUGGAUUAUUUGGAUCCAUUUUUCCACCCCCAUCAACGGUGCUAGGGAGGGACUCCUCUCGCAACCAAGGUGGCAGUGGCAAAUAUGGAACUCCGGAUAUUAUUACUCAGAACAGCAAGGCCGGUGAAAGCGUUGGUUCAAGUUCUAGAGAAAAGGGAUCCAAUUAUCAGAAUGAAACAGUGGAACCUUGCUAUUUUAGCUCAUCGAUCUACUAUGGUGGUCAAGAAAACUAUUCUCCAAGAACCCGCUCCACCGAAUCCCCCCAUAUGUUCAAAGACAAGAAGGAUGGGGGGGACGAUGACUCCAAUGGAAGCAAUCCAAACAGCGCUUCUAGAGGGAACUGGUGGCAGGGUUCCCUCUAUUACUAACACCCUGCCCCUGCAUCUAAUCGACCCAUCGCCUAGCAAAGGGGGGCGGUGAUAGUAUGAUCGAGCUUAAUAUUUUGGAAAUAAGAUGGUAAUGAAAUGAGUUGCUUAACACUGUCAGGACUUGCAAAAACGUGUUGGGUUGUUUUUGUCCUAACUGGUCAAUUUUGGCAAGUCUUACGCGAGCUCUCGAUAUGGUUUUAAGAGCUUGAUGCAGUCCUUCUAGGCGCAUGAAGUGAUCUUGUAUGAGUAACCUAGCUAGUGCUCCAUGUACUUAAAAUUUUAUCUCUGGAUUUAGUAAUUAAUAUAUCACUCGAUCGAUCUUGUUGUAACUCAA